CUAAUAUACACGACGUUGGGCCAACCUUGGCUUAACGUUGGUCUAUAUCGUCUCCAUCUUUACUGAUAAAUAGUGCAUGUAUAUAUUGGUUGGCUAUAUGACGUUGGGCCAACGUAUCAAAUACGACCUAGUACCGCUACAUCCGGGUAAAAAAAAUUGCAUGCGUGCGCAUGCCCAUGUGCUCAUGCAAUUGCAACGUACGUCAGCCAUAUCCUGUCCAUUUGUCUGGAUCAGUUGCCGGGGAGUACCAACACUGCAUGAUCCAGCUACCCCUACCUCGAUCAUCCAGAACAGCAUCAACAGCACCAAGGACCCCUUCGACAUCGACCCCAUCAACCUCCAGAACACUGUCGACCCCAACGACCCCAUUGACCUCAACAUCAGAAAUAUGGAUGUCGAAGUUGUACCACCACAAGCUAGACAAGAUUUUGAUUCCGACUAACCCAUUCUUUAAAGGUCCAUUGCCUUAGGAAAUUAAAACUUUUAUGUCUUGUAUCAAAACCCUUUAAAGCAACAUAAUAACAAUUGUUUCAUAAAUAAAUGCCUCCUUAUAUUUUUUACAAUUUUUUGAAAACCUCUCCAAGUUGCUCGUCUAAUAGUGGACCCGCCCCUUACA